AGGUAUAGCAUAAUUUCAGAGAUCUUCCAUAUUCACUAUCAAAAUUUAAUUAAAAAUUACUUCCUCACACGACCACCCAACUGGCACAAAGCCAAGCGUGUCCAGCAGUCAGACAACGGUGCACACGGUUGUUAACGGUAAUACAAAUGAGAAGGACAACGGAUGUAUAGAGUUCGUUAAAGUCGAAGAACAAGACGAUCCCAUGCAAUGGCCGCGAUGGAAGAAGAUGAAAGUAGCGAUAGCGACAGUUGGUUUCUCGGUAUUCGUUAGUAGCGCGACAUCUACAUUUGCACAGGGUAUCUAUCAGAUGGUUGAUGAUCUUGAUACCUCGACAGAAUUGGGGAAUGUCGCUAUGGGUAUUUAUGUAGUUGCUUUUGCCUUCCCUCCUAUGCUUCUCGCUGGUUUGUCCGAAGAAUAUGGGCGUAACAAAUUAUAUGGUAUAUCUUAUCUACUUUAUAUGCUCUUCUUCCUGCCCGUCGCACUCUCACCUACUAUUUAUGGCGUCAUUAUUGCAAGACUUCUCCAGGGUUUUGCUGCUUCAACUGGGUCCACUAUAACGGCUGGAUCGAUUAGUGAUAUGUAUACAGGAUAUGAGCGUGGUAUAUGGAUGUCAAUUUUCGCAGCUAGUGCUCCAUUCUCGACCGGUGUCGCUCCAGUUGCCUACUCGUAUGUUCCACAGAUGUAUGAGAUGCAUUUCAAAGGGAGUAAAGGAGUUGGCGGUUGGCGGUGGAUUCAAAUUAUCCAACUCCUCGUCGUAGCUGCAUGGGGCAUUGUCAUGUUCGCCUGGGUACGAGAAACACGUCUGAAUGUCAUUAUGAAAGCCAAAGCGAAAAGACUUAGGCAGGAGACUGGUAAUAAUAAUCUCAGAGCAGAGUCUGAGGUGUACAAGUUGACGACAAAGGAGAUGUUUCGCAAGAGUCUUUUCAGACCACUUAAAUUCGUCGCUACUGAGCCGAUUGUACAAGUUUUCAGUUUGUUCAUAGGCUUCGCAUGGGCCGUCUUCUUCUCAUUACAAGCGAGUAUAUCCCAUGUUUUUCUCACUUUAUAUAGCGAGAAUUACGGUAUGAAUCACGGAUCAGUCGGAUUUGUCUUUAUAGCAAUUAUCAUUGGUACAGUUUGCGGAUUUACAUUCAAUUUCUACUUUCAGGAGAAAUGGUUUUAUCAUAGAUUUCAGAAAAGUGCAUCGGUAGAGGCGCGUUUAGGAUCAGCUAUGAUUUCUGGAUUAAUUUUCCCAAUUGGAGCCUUCAUAUAUGCAUUCACUACGUACGAUUUCGUACAUUGGAUCGCGCCAUGUAUUGCAAUCGCGGUAAUUAUGAUGGGUAUAUUCCCAAUUUACUACUCAUCAAUGAACUACCUCAGUGAUUGCUACAUGACAAACGCAUCUUCAGCGUUGGCUGCUAUAGCGAUGGUGCGUAACUUGACGGGCGGUAUUAUACAAUUUGUAAUCACACAGUGGUUGGAUGGGCUAGGAGAUCGAUUCCAGUACCCUUUAUUGAUGAUUGCGGUCAUGGCGACCGUCCUAGGUGGUAUACCGAUUGUUCUCUUCAUCUGGGGAAAGCGUAUACGUCAGAGAUCAAAGUAUGCAUCUGUUUUGACUGAUAAAGGGCUGAAGGAAGAUGAAGUGAUUGUACAGGAAAAGGUGCAUCAUGGUAGAAGGCUGUCUAUUUCUCAAGCUUGAUAGUCUAAUUUUUGUAAUAUAAUAUAAAUUAUACAUAAUCU